AUGUUGUCGAAUCAGUUGCAGAAUGGAAUGGAGACCGCUAAUCUGUUGUGGUCUCGGAUACCUAACUCGGAGGACGGGGAGCUCGAUGGAGGGACGCUAUUGAGCACCAGCGAUGGCGGAAAUGUUGAAAGUCUUGAUUAUGAAGUAAUUGAGAACUACGAGUAUCGAGAAGAGCAGGCACAAAGAGGGAAGCUUUACGUUGGAUUUAUUGUAGUGGUGAAGUGGUUCUUUGCUUUGCUUAUUGGAAUUGGUACUGGAUUGGCAGCUGUUUUCAUCAAUAUAUCGGUGGAGAACUUUGCCGGCUGGAAGUUCUCGCUGACGUUUGCAAUAAUACAGAAGUCAUAUUUUGCUGGCUUCGUACUUUAUGUACUAAUCAACCUGGCUUUAGUUUUUUCAUCUGUAUAUAUCAUCACCCACUUUGCACCUGCUGCAGCAGGGUCUGGUAUCCCAGAGAUUAAAGGUUAUUUAAAUGGGGUUGACAUCCAUGGUAUUCUACUCUUCAGAACCUUGAUCGGAAAGAUAUUUGGAAGCAUUGGUUCUGUGGGAGGUGGUCUUGCUUUGGGCAAGGAAGGUCCUCUUGUUCAUACCGGUGCUUGCAUAGCUUCAUUGUUUGGACAAGGUGGGACUACAAAAUAUCAUGUAAGUUCCCGAUGGUUACAAUUUUUCCAAAGUGAUCGUGACCGUCGUGAUCUGGUAACCUGUGGGUGUGCAGCUGGAGUAGCUGCUGCUUUUAGAGCUCCAGUUGGUGGCGUAUUGUUCGCAUUGGAAGAGGUUACAUCUUGGUGGAGGAGUCAACUUAUGUGGCGUGUCUUUUUCACUUCUGCUAUUGUGGCAGUUGUUGUACGUACUGCCAUGGGAUGGUGUAAGAGUGGAAAGUGUGGGCACUUUGGCUCAGGGGGCUUCAUUAUAUGGGAUGUUUCAGAUGGUCAAGAAGACUACUCUUUUGAGGAGUUACUUCCGAUGGCAUUUAUUGGAGUGAUUGGUGGUCUGCUUGGUGCCUUAUUCAACCAACUCACUCUAUAUAUAACUUACUGGCGUCGAAACCAUUUACACAAGAAAGGAACCCGAGUUAAGAUAAUCGAAGCAUGCCUGAUCUCAGUCAUAACUUCUGCUGUUUCUUUUGGACUUCCACUCCUGAGAAAGUGUAGCCCGUGCCCAGAAUCUGAUACCGACUCUAGCAUUGAGUGCCCCCGCCCUCCAGGCAUGUAUGGGAAUUAUGUCAGUUUCUUUUGUGGCAAGGAGAAGGAGUAUAAUGACCUUGCAACAAUUUUCUUCAACACUCAGGAUGACGCAAUCAGGAAUCUGUUUAGUGCAAAGACGAUCCAUGAGUUCAGUGCACAAAGUUUAUUGACAUUUCUGGUUAUGUUUUACACGCUAGCAGUGCUCACUUUCGGUACAGCAGUUCCUGCUGGUCAGUUUGUUCCUGGAAUAAUGAUAGGGUCGACAUAUGGACGCCUUGUUGGAAUGUUUGUUGUCAAUUUCUACAAGAAGCUCAACAUUGAGGAAGGAACGUAUGCGUUACUUGGAGCUGCAUCUUUCCUUGGAGGUUCAAUGAGGAUGACAGUCUCUUUAUGUGUCAUUAUGGUUGAGAUCACCAACAACUUGAAACUUCUGCCUCUUAUAAUGCUCGUGCUCCUUAUAUCAAAGGCCGUUGGUGAUGCUUUUAAUGAAGGCCUUUAUGAAGAACAGGCAAGAUUAAAGGGCAUUCCAUUGCUGGAAUCUAAACCAAAAUACCAGAUGAGGACUAUGACCGCAAAGGACGCUUUUGGAAAUCAGAAGGUUGUUUCCCUUCCUCGUGUUGCUAAGGUUGCAGAUAUAGUUUCCAUCUUGCGUAGCAGUAAGCACAAUGGAUUUCCUGUAAUUGAUCAUAAAAGGAAUGGAGAGACGCUUGUAGUUGGGCUUAUGCUUCGCAGUCAUUUACUAGUACUUCUUCAGUCUAAGGUAGAUUUCCAGCACAGUCCUUUGCCGUUUGAUUCUCUAAGUGGAUCAAGACCAAUCAGUCACAAUUUCACCGAGUUUGUGAAACCUGUUUCAAGCAAAGGAAUUUCAAUAGAGGAUAUUCAUUUGAGUUCGGAUGACUCGGAAAUGUACAUAGAUCUUGCACCCUUUCUGAACCCCUCUCCAUAUGUCGUCCCAGAAGAUAUGUCUUUAACAAAAGUAUAUAAUCUCUUUCGUCAACUAGGAUUACGGCAUUUGUUCGUUGCCCCUCGGCCUUCUCGCAUUGUUGGGCUAAUUACAAGAAAGGAUUUGUUGAUUGAGGAUGGCGAGGACACAGCCAAUGUGGAGCUCCAAUCAACUAGUGUAAGACUCCAUCGUCAUGACCCGAGAGGACCAGGCACAUCUGUUAGGAGUCUGGACGUGGAGCGACCACUUUUAAACGGUCUUCUGGCUCAAGAUCGCCCGUCAAAUUGAAGUAGUCACCCUCUCAAUCCUCACAAGAUUAUGAUUGACAUUCUUUUCCUCUCCCACUCGGCUUUCUAUUCGUAUUUUCUGGUUUAAUUGGGUGGCAACUACUUGUUUUUCUUGAGCUCUUGCGUCCCCUGCUUAUAAAUGUGUGUUAGGUUAUACAAGGGGAUCCUUGGUCCAUUGUUGCCCCAUAGAUCAGGCUAAGGUCAAAAUGAUCCCCGUUGAGACAUGAACCACACCCGGCAGUUUAGAUACUGUUGUACUGUAUCCAGUGGUUUGAAGCAAAAAGUUAACAGAAAAUUUCAAUCGGAUGAGAUACCAUAGUUUGCUGCAUCGUUCAUGGGUUUUAGUCAAAUCAAUGUUUCAGGAAGGAGUUUGUGUGAUUAUACUCCCUAGGUGACGUCCAUUCACUGGCCAUUGCAAUUGGCAAAUGGCAAUUGAACAAAUGAAAUACUGUGUUAGUGCU